AUGGCGGAAGCCGGGAGGGGAGCGGGCCCGAGGCCCCGAGGUGGCCGGCGUUCUCGCGCCCGGCAGGCUUCACCUCGGCGCGUUCGAGACACCGUGUUUGUGGACUUGGUUAGCGACAGCGACGAGGAGAUCCUGGAGGUGGCUACGGCGCGGGUUGCGGCGGACCCAUUAGAGAUCCGGACCUCGGUUGAAGUCCUACCCCCGGCACCCACGGCGCCGGCCGCGCCCCCGCGGGACAGCGAUAGUGACAGCGAAGGGUCAGAGGCUCCGCGAACCCUGGUCAGGCGGCGGCGGCGGCGGCUGCUGCUGGAUCCCGGAGAGGCGCCGGUGGUUCCGGUGUACUCCGGGAAGGUUCAAAGCAGUCUCAAUCUCAUUCCAGAUAAUGCAUCUCUCUUGAAGCUUUACUCUGAAGAGGCUGAAGAUGAGGCAGAUAUGACAGAUUCUAGCUGUCUGCCCCCUGAGGAUUCCCCAUUGCCAGACUCUCCCUGGAAGAAGAAGCUGAGGAAUAAUGAGAAAAAAGAGAAGAAAAAGGGGAAGUUUUCUGAUCAGGAUAUCUCUCCUUUGCCCCAAUCUUCAUCAAGGAGCAAAAGCAGAAAGCAUUCUGAGGCGCUCCAGAAGUUAAGGGAGGUAAACAAACGCCUCCAGAAUCUCCGAUCCUGCCUGAGCCCCAAACAACAGUGCCAGGGACCAGCCCUGCAGAACGAAGAUGAUGAGGUAGUCCUGGUGGAAGGGCCCGUCCUGCAACAUAGCCCUCGGCUCCUGCAGCUCAAGAUCCGGUGCCGGGCUGACUUGAUCAGAUUGCCUGUCAGAAUGUCGGAUCCCCUUCAGAAUGCGGUGGACCACAUGGCUGUUCGUCUUGGGGUGUCACCAAGCAGGAUUCUUUUGUUAUUUGGAGAGACAGAACUGUCCCCUACUGCCACCCCCAGGACCCUAAAGCUUGGAGUAGCUGACAUCAUUGACUGUGUGGUGCUAGCAAGUUCUUCAGAGGCCACAGAGACAUCCCAGCUGCUCCAGCUCCGGGUACAGGGCAAGGAGAAACACCAAAUGUUGGAGAUCACACUGUCUCCAGAUUCUCCUCUUAAGAUCCUCAUGUCGCAGUAUGAGGAGGCUAUGGGACUCUCCGGACACAAGCUCUCCUUCUUUUUUGAUGGGACAAAGCUUUCAGGCAAGGAGCUGCCAGUUGAUCUGGGCAUGGAAUCUGGGGAUCUCAUUGAGGUCUGGGGCUGAAGCUGCUACUCCGUUUGGAUACCCAACCAGGACUUGGAGAGAUUUUUCCUGUUUAUUUUUGCCCCAUAAAGGGCUAGCUGAGUUAGAACUUGUUCGUUUGUUUUUUUCCCAUCCUGAGAAUUUAACCUUGCACAUGCUAAGAACUUAAGUUGAGGCAAAACCAAGGACUGAACUUUGUCUCUGUCUCUGGUCCUGGCUUCAAGCUGUUAACUACUUGGCAGUUGUAUGGUGGCUGCUGCUCAUCUGCAUAGCCUGUGGCUCCGAGCACAUGUCAUGCUGUGUGUUGUAUCCUUUGGGACCCAGAGAAAGGAUUCUCCCACCUUACCAUUUGACCUUCACUAUUGCCUUUUGUUUUAUCAAAAUGUCCUGUGAAAUUCUGCUCCUAUUUACGGGGUGAGUUGAAGUAAUGCGGGUUGUGUGUCGGUGCCAAGCCUGGGAUUUAUUUCACAUUGGGGAGCACAGUGGUUUUAUUCUCUCUCAAGGCUGUGCAUGCAGUUUGCUUGAGGUACUUGGUAUGUAAGAUAAUGAGCAAGGACACAUACCCUGAAGGUUUGAGCACAGGCAGAUGAACACAGUGCUCUUGAAGGAUAACAGUAAAGAAUGGCAUCUCAGCCCUGAGUGUUUCCUUCCAGAACUGCACAUUGGAGCCAUAAGUGAACACACGCAGUCAUUUUGUUGGGAAUCAUAGUUGCACGGUCCCAUGCAAAAGUACUCUGGUUUAUGCCUUUUUCCCAUUCAUACCAUCUUGUUAGUGCCCCAUUUAAUAGUUAUUGUGCAUCUUUGCAUGUGAAUAACCUCAUAAGAUACAGUGUUUUGGGGCUGGGGGAUGUGGCACAGUGGGUAGGGUGCCUGCCUGCUGCCAUGCAAAAAGCCUAGAGUUUCUCCCUCAGCCUUUCAUAAAGCCAGACAUGGUGGUGCAUGCUUGUACUCCGAGCACUUGGGAGGUAGAGGCAGGCCAAUCAGAAUUCCAGGGUUAUCUUUGGCUACAUACUGAGUUUGAGGCCAUCCUGGGCUACCCGAGACACUGUCAUAACAACAAAAAACAAGCAGACAAAAAAAGCAAUGUUUUAUGAGUAAAUAUGCUUUUACUCUACUUACAUGGUGCUGUGCAAUUACCAAGGCCAGCUUGUGCUACCUGAGACCCUGUCUUUAAGAAAUAGGUUAUGUUUUAUAAGUGAAUAUGAUUUUACUGUAUUUGUAUGGUGCUGUGCAAUAGACCUUAUUGGUUUUACUCAGUAUGAGUGAAGAGCUAACCCUGUUGACUCCUAGCUCUGUCAUUACAUUGAUCUGUAGCUGGACUUCACAGUGGCAUCAGAUGAAUUUUACUCACAACGCCUUAAAUAGGGGACACCUGGGUGCCUCCAACUCCUUGGUACUCGAGGCCCAAGCUAACAUACUUCUUCGUGUCCCCUUCUAUGCCAGCGUGGACAGUUUGCUGGCAUACAUAUCCAGGAUGGGAUUAUGUGUUAUACUGAUUUUCUGGCUUUCCUGAUUUUCUUUAGAAUGGGGAUUGUCAAAAAGCCAAACGUGGUGGCGCACGCCUUUAAUCCCAGUACUUGGGAGGCAAGGUAGGAGGAUCACUGUGAGUUCGAGGCCUGCCUGAAACUACAGAGUGAAUUCCAGGUCAGCCUGAGCUAGAGUGAAACCCUACCUCGAAAAAUUUAAAAAAAAAACAACAAAAACGUGGGGGGGGGGAUUGUCCUUCUUGGGUAUAAAGUACCACAGGAUUUAGUGCACAUUUAUCUGGUCACCAUUAGUGUUGGGAAUUUUUCUCAUAUACCUGUCUACCUUUCUGGAUUUUCUUUCUAUGAACUGCUCAUUUUUCAUGAGGCUUCCUUUUUUUUUUUUUUUUUUAAUUUAUUUUUGAGUUGCUUGUACAUUCCCGGGCAAUUGCAAAUAACCUUCAAAAUAGCACUUUCAUUUAUCUAGGGAGAUCUGUCACAAAAUAAACAUUCCUAAUUUUAAUUAACUUUAGUUAUAAAGUUUGUUGCUUUUAGAAUUCUUAUUUAAAGCUACUUAAGAUGAUUUUACUUUGUUAGCAUACUAGAUUUUCCUUCCAUUGCCUGGUAUGGAGUAUUGAUUGUUCUGAGCUGUUGAACACUGGUUCUCAUGGGUUGCUGGUAGGCUGUACUGAUAUUAAACAUUACACAUCCCUUACAAAUGACCUGAAAUAUUCCUGUGUAUGGGAGAACAAGUUUUAUUAUUUUUAUCAGAUAAUUAGCCAGUUUUCUCAGCUUUGUCUACUAAGAAAAGUUAUUUCUACUGAUAUUUAGUCUAAUUUUCAUGAAAGUAUGUCAACUUAUUAAUUAAAUUUUUUGUGUAAAUGUAUCAGUCUGUUGAAUUUUGUAACACUUAAAUCAUCCAUGGUGUGGUACAACCUUCCAUUUUUUUUAAAUGAUCAUUUAUGUUUAUGUCUAUUAGGAAGUUUGAACAUAUGACUAUUAUGUAUUCAAUCUGAACUGAAUAAAAGACAGCCAUUCAAUUUA